UUUGCAAUAUUCUAAUAUCUUUUUUUCAUUAAGCAUGGAAAUAGUUGGCAAAAUUGCAUGCAUUGUUGUUUUGUGCAUGGUGGCCAUACUGGUUGCACCCCAUGCACAGGCGGCAAUGACUUGUGGUCAAGUUACGUCUGGCGUGGCUCCUUGCCUCCCUUAUCUUACAGGCCGCGGCCCCCUCGGAGGCUGCUGUGGCGGAAUUAAGGGUCUUUUGGGUGCAGCCAAGACUCCAGCCGACCGAAAAAUGGCAUGCAAUUGCCUAAAAUCAGCCGCUACUGCUAUUAAGGGUAUUGAUGCUGGUAAAGCUGCUGGUAUUCCUAGCGUUUGUGGCGUAAACAUCCCUUACAAGAUUAGCCCCUCCACCGACUGCACUAGGGUUCAGUAAGGCAGAUGAUCAGUGCAAUAUGGAAGUAGCUAGCUAGGUAGAGUUUCAUGAGUAGAUGAAGAUUAAUAAAGAUGGGGUGGAGUUAAUUAGUUUGAUCCUGUUUAUGCAUGGAUCUAGUUUUAUUUAUUUUGUGUCAUUUAAAGUUAGGAGUGUUGUAAUGAAACAUUUGGGGUUGGUUAUGUUGUAUUACAAUCCAAACCUUUCAAAAU